AUGUGUGGGAGCAGUCAGAGGAACUGUCCACCUGAAGUACAUGAGUCUGGGAUCUAUUUCAUAAACAUCAUGCUAACACUUCCAGCCUCCUCUGCAGCUCCGCUGCGUGAGGACAGAGCCGGACCCUCCAGCGCAGGGACCUCCGCGCUGCCUCCACAGGCUCCCAGGAGGUCUGCUCGUCUGCACACGCCUCCUCCUGAGGCGUGUGCAGACGAGCAGACCUCCUCUUUACUGUGUGGAAAAACACAAGACUCAUGUGUGUGUUCUGUUCUGACUGCAGCGCGUGGACCCUCCUCCUCUGGCUCCUCCUCUGGCUCCUCCUCUGGCUCCUCCUCUGGCUUGCCCUCUGGCUUGUUUGGCUCCUCGGGCUCCUCCUUGGACCCUCAGGGUCAUCGUGGCCUGGACGAGCCAGUCUGGUGCUACCUCCAGGGCUCAGAGACGAUGAUGGUGACCCUCCCCUGGACGCCUGACUCCAUUCUCCAGGAGAUCGGGGAGACCCUGGCUUCCAUCGACUACUUUGAUGCCCCCUCCCUCAUCACUACUGCCUACCAGUCAGUGUUGAGCAACGAGAUGUGUGUUUACAGCAGCAUUCUGACUCUUCACCACAACACACUCAUACAGCGACUGCACCUUCAGUACGUCACCACAGUCUUGUCACCUCCUCGGGACACCGUCUGA